AUCAUACUUCAUUGCUCUCUUAUUUCUAGAACAAACCAGAGGAGUGGAGAGGAGUGUGUGUCACCAACUCUGUCUGUGUGUGUAGCUUUCAAGCUCAGCUAUCACAACCCACUUCACCCUUCACUAGUGCUUCUAAUCCAAACCACUAUCAAUCUUUCCUCAAACUCCACUCUGUUUCAUUCUUCUAAACCAAACCAUCAAUCUCCAUUCAAUCCAUCCCAUAAUUCUGUUUUGGAAUAAGUCUUCAUCUUUAUCUCUCUUCAGGUUGCUUUCAUUGCCUACGGGGUGGGUUCCUAUUAAUAAUUCAAUUCAAACCCAAUACAAUACUCAUCACCCAAGUUUCCAAGGCUUUUAGGUAAUUUUCAUAAUGGUUUGUGAACAUAGUGAGAGGUUAGACCUUGGUGAGAUGGAAAGUGUUCUCUGCCCAAGCGAUGUGCUGCAAGUUUGAGUCCAGGAAUCAGCCUAUGUAGAAAUUGAAGAAAAGACUGCCUACCAACCAUCUCAUUCAAUCCCACAUAAAUGGUAGCCUUGCACAUCAGAAAUCUUUUCUAUCCUUUCUGUAAGCAUCUGUUACGCAAUGGAGGCUGAAAAGGGGGUUUCUUUGGAGGAUGAGAGUUGUGUUAUUGAGAAAAAACAUGUGGAAGAAUCAGUUGAGCAUUUGAACAAAGAGGGUGAGAAUGUUAGUGACUGUGCAGUUCCCACUAUUAAUGGAAUAUCUGAACCAAUAAAGAAAGCUGAAGGCUUAAAUUCUUCUGGAGUGGUAGUUAAAGCCUCUGCAGCUGUAUCUACAAGUAAAAACUUAAAAUCCAUAAAGGAAACGAGAACUCUGAAUAGUGGUUCACCAAAGAACAAUAAACUAGCCAAGGAUCAUAAAGCUAGUUUGAAAGCCACAAGUCCUUUUUCUCGUAACCAGAGGUUGCUUACUCAGAGUCUCUCCUUCCCCUCAAGAGGAGUAUGCUCUGAUGUUCUAAACAAGAGCAUUGAGGUCUACCCAGUGAAAAAAGAAGUGAAACAUGCUCAAAGAAAUGGGACUAGAUCCCAGGCCUCCGGUGGACCAGCCACUUCAACUUCACGUCUGACUCAUCCAAACAGGCCUGCAUCCAUUGGACUCCACUCAAAGGAAGCUAAUACAAUUGGUGGAACUUCUGGUCGGCAGACUUCUUUAGCAUCCAUGCCUAGCAUUAGAUGCUCUGUGCCUGGGAAGUCUCGUACUGUGAGUGCAACUGCUACCUGUCCUCCAACUGAGGCACCCCUAUCAGUUGAUCAAAAUCCAACUCCUGUGAAAGCAGCACUACCAGUGAAAGAGGAUGAUGAUGUUAAUUCCACUACUUCAAGUGCUACUCCUCGUGGGACUCCUAGUGAGCGGAGGAGCAGUGGUUCAGGAUUUUCCUUCAGGUUGAAUGAACGAGCUGAGAAACGAAAGGAGUUCUUUUCAAAGCUAGAAGAGAAGAUUCAGGCAAGAGAAGUAGAAAGAAAUAGCUUGCAAGAAAAAUCAAAGGAAAACCAGGAGGCGGAGAUCAAGCAACUGAGAAAAAGCCUGACAUUUAAAGCUACACCCAUGCCAAGUUUCUAUAAAGAGCCACCUCCAAAAAUUGAAAUAAAGAAGAUACCAACUACACGUGCAAAAUCUCCAAAGCUUGGAAGGCAGAAGAGCACUUUGAAUGCAAGAAACAAUUCCUUAGAAGGUGAUGGACCUUGUCUCGGCCCAAGUCUCAGCCUAUCUCCGAAGCUUGGGAAGAACAAGAAUUCCAUUGCUGCAAACAACUCUUCAGAAGGUGGUGGCUCUUGUCUUAGCCCACGUCUUAACAGAGGACAGAACAAUUCAACUAAGGGAUUUCAGGCAAAAUCUGAUAAAGAUGCUGCUUCAAAGAAACCAAUUAGAAAGUCCCAAUCCAGGCUUCAACCUCAGGAACUUGUAGUCACUAAAACUGAAGGAAAGCCUGCCAACUCUAAACCUGAGGCCCCAGGAGAAGACACCAAAAACCAGGCUCUGCAUGUUUCAGAAUGCAAAGAUAAGAUGGACUUGGAGUCUGCAGUGGAUACCUCUCAGAACAAUGCACUGGUUUUGAAUUCACCUGCCCCUGAGAUUAUGCCUCAUGAAGUUUCUGUUGGAGGUUAAGGAUGCAAUACUUGGACCUUGUGUUUAUAAAUUAUAGGUAUACAAUUUUUAAGUUUAAUUGGACUUGUGAAUUAAAAAGAAAAAAGAUGUGUGUUGUGAUUAAAUCAUGUAUGUUAAAUAUUGUUCUCUACAGCUUAAUGUAGUUAUGCCUUUCUAUUUUUUUA